AUGUGGCUGAGCCAAGAAUCCCCCCAGAUACAAACUCCUGAUUUUGGGCAAUUGAAGUUGAUAUUCCCGACUGCGCCUCAAGAAAGAUCAAGCGAGGACGAACCUCCAGUUCCAGAAGAUCUCAAUCUGAGCGCCCUUGAGUUAAUGAUGCACUGGUCGAAGCAAACACACCUGUCCUUUACUCGAGACGAGACAACCCAAAAGAUCUGGCAGUUCUUAGUCCCAGAAGAGGCACUAUCUCACAAAUUCCUUAUGCAUGGGCUGCUGGCAAUAUCAGCACUUGAGCUGGCCAGCCACGGAGACGACGUUUCGCGACCACAAUAUACCAAAGCGGCGGUAAUACAUCAGAAUGUCGCACUUGGGGAGUUUCAGGUACUCAUGAGUCAAAUUAACCAUGACAAUGCCAAGGCCAUAUUCGCCUUCUCGAGCAUUCUGGUGGUUUAUGCGUUUGGAUUUCUGCAUCUCGAGAAUACCGGCCCUCCCAUGAGCAUGGAAGAUCUUUAUCAGGUGCUGAUGCUGUGUCGUGGCGUCGAGCAAGUCAUAGCAAGCUCUCGACCUGCAAUACAUGACAGCAAUUUCAGUUCCAUUCUGUAUUUCACGCAGGUGGAAUAUCCUUGGCUAUUGUCGGAUGACUGCCAAUUCGCCCUACACCAACUUUAUGGUGCAAAUAUUACCGCAAAAUCCGCAGGUCAUACCUCUGAAAUGUACCAGGAAGCAAUAGAUACCCUGGGGGAGGCGCUGAAUGAGUCCAUCCAAGAUCAUAUUCCUUCAAAUUUGGUCAGUCGCUGGGCAAUAAAAUUACCUCGGACUUUCCUCGAGUGUCUGCGGAAGCGAGAACCGAUGGCAAUGGUCAUUCUGAGUUUCUUCUGUGUUGUUCUGCACCGCUUAAGGGGGGUUUGGUACUUUAGAGGAUGGGGCACCAAUUUUGUAAAGCUGAUAUGGCAAACACUAGCUCCGGAAUGGAAAGUCCUGAUUCAUUGGAGUGUGAUGGAAGUCCUCGGGGAAAUUCCAAGGUGCUAG